GCCCUCGGGGCGCCGCCGCCCCUCACCGCGGCUCCGGGGCGGCUGGCGGCGGCGGCGGCGGCGCGGGGCGCGGAGCGGGAGGAGCUGGCGGCGCUGAACGAUCGCUUCGCCGCUUUCCUGGAGCGGGUGCGGGCGCUGGAGCGGCAGAACGGGGACCUGCGAGCCGCCCUGGGCCGCGCCGCCGCCGCCGCCGCGCCCCGCGCCGCCGGGCUGGUGCAGGGGGAGCUGCGGGGGCUGCGGGAGCGGCUGCAGCGCCUCGGCCGCGACCGCGACCGGCUCCAGGCCGAGCGAGACGGGCUGGCCGCCGACCUGGCGGCCCUGCGGCAGCGGCUGGAGGACGAGACGCAGAAGCGGGAGGAUGCGGAGAAGAGCCUGGUGUUGUUCCGCAAGGACGUGGACAAUGCCACGCUGUCCCGCCUGGAGCUGGAGCGCAAGGUCGAGCUGUUGAUGGACGAGAUCGGCUUCCUCAAGAAGCUGCAUGAGGAGGAGCUGCGGGACCUGGAGGUGAGUGCCCCGAGCCCGGCGGCGCCGGUGGAGAUGGAGGUCUGCAAGCCGGAGCUGACGGCCGCGCUGCGGGAGAUCCGCACCCAGUACGAGAGCAUCGCCGUGAAGAACCUGCAGGAAGCCGAGGAGUGGUACAAGUCGAAGUUCGCCGACCUCUCAGACGCGGCCAACCGCAACCACGAGGCGCUGCGGCUGGCCAAGCAGGAGAUGAACGAGUCCCGGCGGCAGAUCCAGAGCCUCACCUGCGAGGUGGAUGGGCUGAAGGGCAUGAACGAGGCGCUGCAGCGGCAGAUGCGGGAGAUGGAGGACGAGUUCGGGGAGGAGAUCGGGAGCUACCAGGACGUGGUGGGGCGGCUGGAGCAGGAGAUCCAGCAGAUGAAGGAGGAGAUGGCGCGGCACCUGCGCGAGUACCAGGACCUGCUCAAUGUCAAGAUGGCCCUGGACAUCGAGAUCGCCACGUACCGCAAGCUGCUGGAGGGCGAGGAGAGCCGGAUCACCGUCCCCCCACACCCCGCCACCUCCUUCAGCAUGAGAAGCUCAGUGCUGGAGCCGCAGCCCGCGGAGAGCCCGGCGCGGAGGAUGGUGCUCAUCAAAACCAUCGAGACGCGGGACGGGCAGCAGGUGGUGACGGAGUCGCACAAGGAGCGAGCGGAGCCGGGGAAGUGA